AUGCUGCGGAACGACCCAAAGUACACCUGCGCAGCCAGAUUGACAGUCGGAAGCAACAUAGGUCCUGCACUGUUCGAAGAUGUCGAGACCCGUACGAAGGCCCCAGCUUGCGGUACCAGCGGCUCCGUAGCUGCGCGCGCUCCUGCCGUGACACCAGUCAUCGUGCGACCUCCCUCUCCAUUCAAUGCGCCCAAUGGACCGAGCAGGGCGGGGGGCAAAGCGCGCCAGGUACCCCCACGCCUUGACCGAUUACUCCCAGGUGAGCCUCUGGCGCUGGACAUCGAGUUCGGACACACGCGUUACGACGGAUCGAAGACGCAAUACACGCGCCUUGGAUGGGCUGCUGCUGUCAACAUCAAGAAUGAGAUCGUUCUCGAGGUCAUGGUGUCUUACCCGCACAAGCCCAAAGUCACACUCGCGUUCCCAAGCCACACCAAGGGUUGCGGAGUCGAUUUCCACCAUAUUAAGCCCGAGAAUGGUGCUGUCGACAGCGAAGAUGGCGGAGAAGAUGGAGACAUGGCCGCGUUCCAGCACCUGGACCCCUUCAAAGGCGCUUCAGAGGUGGUCGACACUCAGCAGAUGUACUCAUCCGGACGAGGACACAAUCCUGGCCUUCAAACGUGUGCAGCCGCGUAUCUAGGUCGCUCAAUCCAGCAAGAUGGCCACACGCCAGUCGAAGAUGCCACGGCCACCAUGGAAUUGUAUCUCCUCAAGAAGCCGUACGAUCGCGCAGCCAAGAAGGCGAAGCUUAUCGGCGAAGGGAAGAAGACCAUCUCGGGUCCACGCCAGCUCGUGCUCGCGGCGGUGGACGAUACGGAGGACAUGGCGGACGCAACGACCAUCAAGGACGCGGCGGAUAUGGUGGUUACGGCGGACACACGGAGACUGGUAGAGAUGGCCGCGGAGGCCAGAGAGGGCCAAAUCACCAGGAAGGCCGCGGCCGCCGUGGCGGAGUACAUGGUCAGCCAGGUCGUGGUGGUCGUGGUUGUCGCGGAUCUUGAUAAGAUGGAGCUGGCAAGAGUGUAUCCGGCAUGGUGA